GCUUGGGCGGAGCGAAGGGCCGAGGGCGGGGCCUCGCGGAGGAGGAAGCAGGCCAAGCCGGGCGGCGGCUCUCCAGGGCGAACCAUGGACAGCCAGGGCAGGAAGGUGGUGGUGUGCGACAACGGCACUGGGUUUGUGAAGUGUGGCUAUGCAGGCUCUAACUUUCCGGAACACAUCUUCCCAGCUUUGGUUGGAAGACCUAUUAUCAGAUCAACCACCAAAGUGGGAAACAUUGAAAUCAAGGAUCUCAUGGUUGGUGAUGAGGCGAGUGAAUUGCGCUCCAUGUUGGAGGUUAACUACCCUAUGGAGAAUGGCAUCGUACGAAACUGGGAUGACAUGAAACACCUGUGGGACUACACAUUUGGACCAGAGAAGCUGAACAUAGACACCAGAAACUGCAAAAUUUUACUCACAGAACCUCCCAUGAACCCAACCAAAAACAGAGAGAAGAUUGUAGAGGUAAUGUUUGAAACUUACCAAUUUUCUGGUGUGUAUGUAGCCAUCCAGGCAGUUCUGACUUUGUAUGCUCAAGGUUUACUGACUGGGGUAGUGGUGGACUCUGGAGAUGGUGUAACUCAUAUUUGCCCAGUGUAUGAAGGCUUUUCUCUCCCUCACCUUACAAGAAGGCUGGAUAUUGCUGGGAGGGAUAUUACCAGGUAUCUUAUCAAGCUGCUGCUGUUGCGAGGAUAUGCCUUCAACCAUUCUGCUGAUUUUGAGACAGUUCGCAUGAUUAAAGAAAAACUGUGUUAUGUGGGUUACAAUAUUGAGCAAGAGCAGAAGCUGGCCUUAGAGACCACAGUGUUAGUAGAGUCCUAUACACUCCCGGAUGGACGCAUUAUUAAAGUUGGAGGAGAAAGAUUUGAAGCACCGGAAGCUUUAUUUCAGCCGCACUUGAUCAAUGUUGAGGGGGUUGGUGUUGCAGAAUUACUCUUUAAUACAAUCCAGGCAGCUGACAUCGAUACCAGAUCUGAAUUUUACAAGCACAUUGUGCUUUCUGGAGGCUCAACCAUGUACCCUGGCCUGCCAUCGAGGUUGGAACGAGAGCUUAAACAGCUUUACUUAGAACGAGUUCUAAAAGGAGAUGUGGAAAAACUUUCUAAAUUUAAGAUACGAAUUGAAGAUCCACCCCGCAGAAAGCACAUGGUGUUCCUGGGUGGCGCAGUCCUAGCUGACAUCAUGAAGGACAAAGACAACUUUUGGAUGACUCGACAAGAGUACCAAGAAAAGGGUGUGCGUGUGCUGGAGAAGCUCGGGGUUACUGUUCGAUAAAUGCCAGGCUUGUUCCCAUCCUGCCUCUAAUGCAUUCUUUUUCUGUUUUUGUUUUGUUUUUGUUUUUUUUCUUUCUUUUUAAUUUUUUUCUUUAUUGCCAGUCUUUGAACUCAUUCAACUCCAGGACUGAAAGAGGCCUCUCUGUCCCCUUUGACUGGAAAGGUCAAGUUUAUUCUCUGUCUUGGAGAAACAUUGUUAAUGUGGAUAAUUCUGGUUGUUUAAUGCAACCACUCCUCUACCAACAUCACCUGCGGACAAAGGGUCUCUGCUGCUUUCUUCCUUUCUAAGUAGGCAUUUCGCUCUUUCCUGUAGGCUUCCUAUUUUUGCUUUAUUGCUUUAAUGCUGCUAGUUUUAGUUUUAGUACUCUAGGUGGUGUGUCUUUAUUAGCAUAAGAGAAAACUUUCACGUGAGCUUUUACAUAUUCUGGGUGGGGGUGGUAAGGGAUGGGUGGGCAGCCCUGAGUCCUUCGGGGCAUUUCUUCUGUAGUGUUAGUUUUCAACAGUCAGCUGCUGCCACUUUGUGAGUACCCUGAAGCUUGUCCUGCUAACAUCUUCACUUUGUGAGUGCCCUGAAGCUUGUCCUGCUAACAUCUUCACUUUGUGAGUGCCCUGAAGCUUGUCCUGCUAACAUCUUCGGGAAUAGUAAGCUCAGAACUAAGAUGUUUGGGUAGGUUUUGUGUGGUGGAACAAAUGGGUGGUCUUCCUGGUGUGGCUUUGAGGAUUUCUGUUUCUGGGUAUGAGAUGAACUUCAGUUACAGUACUCUGACUUGGUAGGCUUCUUCUUUUGGUCUGCCUGGAACUGUUUCCAUAUGGUAGAAAAAGCAAGCUUAGUGUUUCGUUGCCAUGCAGAUUAGGAAUUGAUUCCUUAUCUCAACUGGGAGUUUAUUUCCUAAACUAUCAGAGAGAAAGUAAUAUUUUAAACAAAAUGCUUUUGCUGAGUCAAAUUACAGAUAGAAAGUUCCUAAGGGCUGGUGUUUUCUAAAUGCUGUUGUUUAUUUUGAAAGCAUUGAGGUGAUGAUGCUUAGUACCAUUCUUGAAAGUUGUACUUUUAUGUGCCCUUCAGUGCUUCUUGACUAAAGCAGCUACACAGCACACACAGCUACUGGCAGUGGGUUAUAAUUGUUGUAUUAACAGUAACAGUGGGACUUGUUGCCAGUUCGUUUUUGUUUUUUAACGAGACCUGGAACUAAAAUUUUAGCAACAACAAUAGAAAAUUUACCAGGAGUCAACUAUGUUUGUACUGAAAACUAAUCAUGAUUGCUACUUCCCAGCCAUCUUUUGUUCUUGAGAUUUUGGAUAUGUUUGCAGACCUGUCAGAAAAUCCUAUUUAUAAGUCCUGUUAGUAUUGUUUGUUAUCUCAAAAAAUAUCAGAUAGUACCUAGAAGUGAGUGAGGUCUUUCUAACAUUGAAAAAUGAAAUAAUAAGAUGUAUCACAGUGAAUACGAAAAUCAUGAUUCUGGGAGAAAUAUUUUCCUUCAUUUCAAAUAUUUUUUGCUAAUGAUAAAUUUGGAAGAAUGACUUUUUUUCCUCUUUCUUUUCUUUUUGGAUGCUUAAAAUCAGAAUUUUUAGUGGAUUUUUUUGAGAUAACUUUAAAAUUAGUUUAUAUAAAAUCAGCAGCAAAAGGAAGUUAGUCUUAAUUAUGCAGCUUCUGUGAUAUUAAGUAUUUUUGCCUGUUUUACCUCAAUUUGAACAAAUAGGAGAUGUCUGUGUGCAUGCUGGACAUGCUCAGUACACAACCACCUGCCAGUGCCGGCUGGUCGGUGUUGGGUACAUGACUCAGAGUCCUAAGCCUUCCUAAAUCACGUCAGAUACCCUAUCUUGGAAGUCCUGGGCCCAUUCCAAGACACCUACUGUGUAUAGGACCGGUACCAGUGACUGUUGAGUGCAGAAAAAUGGUUAAUUCUUGGCUUUGAGCAUGGUUUUAAAUACAGGGGUAGAAAACAAGAAAGAAUGGGGUAGAAUCCUAAACAAAACAUGAAAGAGCAUUAUCAUUUGUACCUUGAAUGUAGAAUUUGUUUUUAUUUCAUAAUUCUGCUAGCAAACAUGACUGUUAAAAAUGAUGUAUUUAUAUAUGUAAUAAUUUAGAAAUUCCAUUUUAUAGUUCUCCUAUUCUAAGGUGAAAUAAUGAAUUUAAUAAUCUGGGAGUUGGGACAUACUGUAUUCUAUUGGAGGUGUCAGGUUUGAGUCCUUCAAAAACUAAAAAAAAAAUUCUGUUUUUUAAAGGAUCUGAUUUUUAGCUCUUGAAACCCAUUGUCGCUUACAAUUCCAAUGCUAAAGUUCCUUUUUUAUUUUUGAAUUAAAAUUACCAAUGCCUUGAGGGAUUUCUUAGAAAAUGUGGUAUUGGAUGUUAACUUCACAGUUCUGAGCACUGUUAGUGUCUAUCUGGCAAGUAUUUGAGAGAUCAGUGGAAAGCUAAAUAUUCUAAAUUUAACACGAAUAUACUUCUUUUGAUUAAGAAAAUAAAAUCAGAUUUUUCAAAGUAA